AUGUUCUUCCUAAGCAGUGUAUUAUUUCGAUCCAAAAGCAAAAGGGUCCAUGUAAAUUUAAUUUCCUCAUGUGCAAGUAACUACAUCUACUCGACGUAUAUUUCACCGAGCAAGUCCAAAUUCCGCUUGUCCCUGAGGAAGCACGACCCCGUAGUUAAUCGUCACGUCAUGUUCUACCAAAAGCACACAAAGUCCAAAUCGAAAAAGAGGCUAACCAUGCACGGGAUUAAUUAUGCUCGCUUUACAGGAAAAAACAAAAACCUGAGGCCUCUUUUGAAGAGAGUAGAGAAGUCCUACCUGUUUGGAAAAUUCAACAAACUCAUAGACAACACGUACAGGAGUCUGCCAAGAAUGAGUUGA